AUGAAGUUUACUGAGCUUAAUGUUCAUAGUAAGCUUUAUAAGCUUAACGAAACAACAAUUCUCAAGGUCAUUGAGAAUGAUACAGCUGUUUCCAACUACAGAUCUUUCAUGCAACAAAAGGAAAUUUUUGAUUUGUUUUCACAAAAACCAAAUUCUCAUAUUGUUCAGACAUCAAGCCCAAAGGUUUUUGGAAGAUGGGUCUACAUAACAAUGAAAAGGGUCCCAUUCUGCUUAACAGAGCUCAUCAAUAAACUUUCAGAAGAAAGGCUUCGUUUCAUCAUGAAACAACUCGUCGAGAUAGUUCAAGAAUUCCACAAAAUUAAUUUUGUCAACUACAACAUCUCUACUGACAACUUCUUGGUUGAUGAAAAUGAUUUUGUUUACAUCAUGAAUUUCGGCAGUGGCUUCUAUCUCAACAGACAGCCAUUUGUCUUCAUACAAGAGUCUUCAAUCAAUUGGCCAUCAAAAGCUGUUUAUUCCCUCGGUCUCAUAUUUUUCCAUAUGUUGACUGGCCUCAGUCCAUAUGAAAUGGGCUAUAAUGGCAAGAAUGCAAUCGAUAUUUUCUUGGCCAAUCCAAGUGAAUUUGAAAGCUGUUACACAAGAUAUACAGAUCAAGAUCUUCUUUUAGACUGCAUCUGCCAAAGCAACGAUCGCCCAAUUGAUGUUAACACAUUGGCUGAAAUUUACUUUAACGAUGAAGUUUUCUAA